AUGGAUUCUCAUUCUCAGUAUCAGGAUUUGCCUCCUCUCAAAAGAUUUCGACUGAUCCAGCGAGAUCUCGAACUCGCGGCGGAGCAGCAGCAGCUACAGAGUCAAUCGGAGGCGAAGUCGUUGCAGUUACCGGCGAAGAAGAGGAAGCAAUCUCGAGUCGAUUACGAUGACAACGACGACGGCGAGAACUCUAAUCCUACCUACCAAUGUCUUCCGGCGAAGAAACGGAUCUGGGCGAUUGAUCCAGAUCUGCUCUCCGGUAAUCAUCCCCUUUCGCCUUUCGAUCUGAAUAUCGAGUAUAAGCCUUGCGUUGAUGAGAAGUCUAUCGAGAAGAAAAAGUCAACUCUAGUGAGUCAGUCGAGUCUAGAAGUAGAGUUUGAUGAUAAAGAGAACAUCGUUCCUCUAGGAGAUGAAGAAGAUUGUGGUAGUGAUGAUGGGAUUAUGUGUGUUGUAUGUCAAAGCACGGAUGGUGAGCCAUCGAAUCCAAUCGUCUUCUGUGACGGUUGUGAUUUAAUGGUUCAUGCUUCGUGUUAUGGGAACCCUCUUGUCAAGGCUGUACCAGAAGGUGACUGGUUCUGCAGACAGUGUAUUGCGUCGAAGAAGAGUGAAAGAAAAAGCUUUUCUUGCUGCUUGUGUACAAGCAAAGGUGGAGCGAUGAAAGAAACAAAGGAUGGUCGAUGGGCACACAUCACUUGCUCGUUGUUUGUGCCGGAAGUUUACUUUGAGGAUCCUGAAGGAAGGGAAGGGAUUUGUUGCGGUGAGAUACCGAGUAAGAGGUGGAAAGAUAGGUGUUGUUUGUGCAAGAUUAGACGUGGGUGUGUUAUCGAGUGUUCGGAGAUGAAGUGUCAGCUGGCUUUUCAUGUUACUUGUGGGUUGAAGGAAGAUCUUUGUGUUGAGUAUCGUGAAGGGAAGAAGAGUGGUGGUGGUGGUGGUAUUGUUGUUGGUUUCUGCAGUGAGCAUACUAAGCUAUGGGAGAGGCAACAGGAAAGUGGAAAGUACAAGAUUGUUGCUAGAGAUGAAGAUAAGAAGUAG